GGGCUGCUCCCUCACUUCCCGUACUAAUCGUGUCUAAAUAGCGUUCUUUCAUUGGUUCGACAACGUUACGGUGCAUCCAUCUCUAGAAUUCCAAGCUCGACCGCCCCAUGAAGACCUGCGCAAUGCGCGCAGCCAAUUUCUCAGAUCCGCUCACCCUACCCAACUGAUGAAGAAGCCUCGACGAGCCCGGUCGACAUGAGAGCACUGUCCACGAUUGCAUGUAUACUUAUCACCAAUGUGCUUCCUGAUUCCUUAACUCCGACAUUCCCACACCGUGUGGGCAGCAGCCGAUAGGUAGCACAGAUAUUAAGGAGAUUCAGAAGGCCGGAGUCGGCGACAUAACUAUGGUGGACCUCAACGAGCCUAGGCCACCCACAUCGGCCUUCGAGAGCCCAACAUUUGGCGAGGAUAGCUCGUUUCAUGUGGAGCAACCUGUUGGGUCGAUGUCAAUAUCGCCCUGUGGACGGGAUGUGGUCUUAGCUUCAAAGGAGGGUCUCCACGUCAUUGAUCUGGACUCGCCCUACUCUCCGCCCAGAUAUCUUCCGCAUCACACACCAUGGGAAGUUGCAGAUGUCCAGUGGUCACCGUUUGCCUCCCGAGACUAUUGGGUCGUAAGCACGUCAAACCAAAAGGCGCUGGUAUGGAACCUAGGAAUGAAGAGCUCACAAAGCCCUAUUGAACAUGUUCUACACGCGCACACGCGAGCCAUCACAGAUAUCAAUUUCUCUGCCUACCAUGCAGAUAUGCUCGCGACCUGUGCCGUGGACAGCUUCGUCCACUGUUGGGACCUCCGGACUCCCUCCCGUCCUGCCAUCUCAUUCUCGGACUGGCUUGCUGGAGCUACCCAGGUCAAGUGGAACCGACAAGACCCCAACGUUAUUGCCAGUUCCCACGACAAGUUCUUGCGGAUAUGGGACAAGCGAAUGGGCGCGUAUCCAAUCAAGUCCAUCGAGGCACACAGCACUAAAAUUUACGGGUUAGAUUGGAAUCGAGUGCGGCCCGGAGCUCUUGUGACCUGCUCUCUGGAUAAGACAAUCAAAUUCUGGGAUUAUACCGUGGAUACUGAGGUACCGGAGAAGGUGAUCAAAACACCGUUUCCAGUAUGGCGGGCAAGGAACACCCCUUUCGGAUGGGGUGUGUUGGCCAUGCCACAAAGAGGUAACAGUGAUCUCCAUUUGUAUAGCCGCAGAGCUGGAGAUGGCUCUACAUCCAAUGAUGACCUUCCUCUGGUGCAUAGCUUUCCAGGACACAAAGGUCAAGUGAAGGAGUUCCUCUGGAGAGCACGCGGCGGAGUUGUGGAUGGCAUCGAUAACCGAGAGUUCCAGCUAGUGUCUUGGGGCACAGAUCGGGAACUGCGCUUACACAGGGUAGAUCCGGAUAUCAUGCAAAGGGUUGGCUUCGAGAAAGGGAAAUCUUACGUGUCAAAUUUACACCUCACGCGCAAGGGCGCCCUGUACCGGUCAUAUCGGGACACGAAUGUUGACCAAGAUGACGAAGAUACGGACUCGUUGUCGCCCACCACUCGACAGAGCUCUACACCUCAGACUUCGCGCAACCAGGGGAUGAAUACGAUAUCGGUUCCGUAUGCUCGCGCUUGGACGCAGGGUGGAGGGAAUCCCGAAUCCCGAAUUGGCAUGCAGGGCCGGACGAACAUUCGAACCGACACCAAUCCUAUCUCCUGGAUGCGAGGCGUGAAAAUAUCCGGCUGGGAUAUUGAAACCCUAGGGGAUGAGAUAACCCAUGUCGGCGAAAAAUUUACUAAGGUUGCUUUCGAAUCCGUUGAUGUCAGGCAACGAAAGGCAACCAUAUCCCUUCUCGGACCAUGGGGCGCAGAUGGUGACUCCCUUUUCCUGAAAGUCGACAUCAAAUUCCCCGUCGAUUAUCCUCGGGCUGCCCUGCCGACGUUUAGUGUGCAGAAGACUGCGGCUGUUACUGACCAACUCGCCGAGAAGAUUAUCGCCGAGCUUCGCACGAUUGCCGAAACCUUCCUUGCUCACAAGAGAGGGUGUCUCGAAGGAGUUGUUCGCUACCUUUUGGGCGAGAGUACCCUGGAGGAAAGUAUAGCAUGGAUCCUCGGGGAAACCGCAGACACCGUCAAGUCUCCCGUCAACGGUCAGCUAGGCGGCGAGGAGUCUAGUGAUGAGGACGAAGUCGGGCUGUCUCAAAGCCAAGAUUUAGGCAUGAGCUCUGAGCUGCUUCGUCCGGUCAACGCCAAUGUGAUGGUUCCCGUGGCCAAGGGAUGCGGUGCGCUCUGGGCCAAUGAUGGCCGGUUGGUGUGCUUUUUCCCUUCUAAGAAGGACAAAUCGAACUGGCUGGAAAACCUUGGGUUUAAGGAAAUGACCCGGUUAUCGAGAGCGGACAAGGUCUUUGAAGGAUUCGGUCGGAUACAAACUAAUUCCCCUGGGCCUCGGACAUCUGUUACGAUGGCUAGCACUGAUGAUGGCGCUUCUGAAUACUCUGACGAUUCGGAUGCCGAGUCGUCAAGCUCUUCUGGGUCUUCUGGUAUAUUGUCAGGACUACAACACCGCUUCCCAACGCCCCAGACUUGGCGAAGUGGUGGCAGUCUUGGACUGUACCGGCCGCGCUCUACGGACAACUCCCAGAGAUCAACCAUCGGGGCGAUGACGGCGAAGUCGUCUGAAAGUUCACAGAACGUGAUCUCAAUCCACGACUUCAGUGACCUGCUCCCAGCGAAGCGGGAUCUGGCUAGCAAGUAUCGCAUUUGUGGCAAAGUCACAGAUGUCUGUGCGCAUAACUCGGCAGUAGCCCUGGCCCACGGCUACCAUGAGCUGGCCCGAAUCUGGGGACUUGUUCGGCUCAUCCUGCACAACAGCAAAACCUCGAUGUUCUCGUCUGGGUUUGACACCCUGGACCGGCCGUAUAUCCAGAGGAAAGACAGCGCGGUGGAUCUGAGUUAUGAUACGGGAAGCCAGGACCAACGUCCCAAAGAGCCUGCGAAUGCCGCGAUCCAAUGGGGCGAUCAUCCAUUCGGGGGUCGCUGGCUGAUCCCUGCCCUUUUUGAGCACUUUGAACAGAUUGGCGACGUGCAGAUGAUUGCCAUGUUGUCUUGUGUUUUGCAUGAGCCCAACAGCGACGAGACCUCAAAGGAACAAGCCCAUAAUAACAGGGCAGUGUCCAAGCGAAUGGAGGAACAUGCAUUCUCAUUUGAUCUAUACGCCCCCAACUCGGUCAUGCAGAACAAAUCGCAGCCGGUCAUGCCACUUGCCGCUACGCCAAAGGACAGCCAUGCAACACCCAUCACACAUAAUUCCGGACGAUCUUCGUCUGAAAUCUGGCGCCCGGAUUCUACUCCCCCAUACUCCACAGGCACAACCCCUCCUCUAGCUGCCCGAGCCGGGCCUUUGACAGCAGACCGGAAGACUUGGACCCAGAAUAUAGCAAUAGCUGCUUCCCCUGACCAGCAAUCCCAACCGCGCAGUGGGUCUGGCCUUGGCUCUGUCCUGGCUUCCUCCCUCUCACGGUCCCUUACGUUUGGGCCUUCAUCGGCGUCUCCUCCGGCAACCGCCCUAUCCAGAAAGAUUCUCAACCCUGGUGGUAGUCCUAAUACAAUCGGCGGACCGGGUGUGUGGGUGACCAGCGCGUUUUCUGCCAAACCUGCCUCAGCAGUUCCCGACUACCUGACCACUUCUACCGCUCUCACUUCACAAACCCACUCCGACACGGAAAGUGAGCGGCCUACUCCUGCCAAACCUUCCACGAAGAUUAAAGCGGUCUUGAAGAACCAGGCUGCUUUUGAGAACAACGGACCGUCACAGCAUAGCUUCCUGGACCCCAAGAAAGAGUGGCUGUACCGGUCGUAUCGCGCAGUAUAUGCUCACCUGCUGUCCAUUUGGGGACUGCCAGUGCAGCGUAGCGAAGUGCUCAAGAUCGGCGGCAACCCAACUCCCACCAAGGAGCCGCCAACACACCGUCGCCACAGGAGCCACCACGAUUCGUUUUCGCUCCCAGCCUCCAAGCGCAGAAGCUCCACAGUAGCGGCUGUCGACACCGAUAACCAAGGUCUUGAGAUCCAUCGCCACUGCAGUAGCUGCGGCCGGGCUCUGCAGCAUUCCAUCUUCGCCACGAAGGCUCUCACCGACGCGGUCCCCAAGAGCCACGUGAAGAGCAUAACUAUACCUCCAAUCACAUGCCCCCACUGCAAACCGAAACAGCCUCUUGCCCUCAAAAUCCCCUGCGUUGUCUGCGGCGAAGUCGUUGAAGGAAUGCUCAUCCCCUGCCUCGGCUGCGGUCACGUCAGUUGCUUCGACUGUCACCGCGGCUGGUUCUCAAUGGCUUCAUCGGACCCGCAGCGUGAUCUUCACAACACCGAGCAGGACGAAUACCAGUUCUGCCCCAGCGGCUGCGGCUGCAAAUGCGCCGAUUAUAUUGACACCGACAUACCCACCACCCCAACGAAACUGAACCCGACUUCCCCGAGCACGCAUGGCAGCGAGACCUCGCUUUACCGUCACCGCGCUAAGCUUUCGGAUGGAUCGGGAUCCUCCAAACACAACGGCGAGGUCACGACCAGCGUUGGUCAACACGAAGACGACCUCGAUCAGUGGCAAGCUGCGUCUCCCUUUGCUUCUCUUGCCCGGGGCCUGGGCGGCGGUUUGAGCAGAGGGCUACGCGUCAAGGACGAGCGGAGAAAGUCCAAGCCUACCACCGCCCCGUUUGUGCCGAAGAAGUCUUCCAUGAACCAGGUGGAGAGCAGAUGAACUUGCUGGUUGCGGGGUGUUUCAGACCCUAUCACGAUUCUUGAUGUAUACCAAUACCCAUGUUGUUCAGCGGUUGCCAUAUCUUUGACAUUCAAAUGAUCGAGUUGCUUGACUAGAUAUACGUUGCUAGAUUACUACCCUCUAGUACCAAUCAGAGUCUCUGGUUACCAAUUAGAGCCUCUAGUCUACCUCGUCAUGAGCCGUUCGAUCGAGUCUACAUUCUAGGCCACUAACAAAGGUGACACCAUCGUAAUACGCCCCAUUCCCCAGUUACUUAUCCAAACCCCAAACAACAU